UAGUAGCUACAUCAUUCCUAGCAAUUAUGAUACCCAUUAUAUAUUAUUUUGAAUUGUGGGUAGUUUUACCAUCAGUGCAUAAUCCUGGAACACUUAUGCAUGGUAUACAUUUUGCUCUUGGAUCAUUUUUAUUGUACAAUGUAACAAGUAACUUUUUGGCUGUAAUUCUAUGCGAUACUAGCCUCAAAGGAGUAAUUCUAUCUCCUGAUGAUAGCAAAUCUCGAAGAUUCUGUGCAUCUUGUGAGUGCUUUGCACCACCCAGAUCUUGGCACUGUAACAUUUGUAAAACUUGUAUUCUUAAAAGGGACCAUCACUGUGUAUUCACAGGCUGCUGUAUAGGACAUAGGAAUCACAGAUUCUUUUUUUAUUUGGUAUUGUAUAUGUUCAUUGCAACAUCUUAUGCGACAUAUUACAACACCUUUUUUGUACUAGAACGAGUAAGCUUUAGAAGCUGGUGGGAUAUCUCAAAAAUUAUAUUUCCAUUUGCAAUGCUCGCUGUAUAUCCUUCUGCAGAGCAAAUAUAUUUAGCAUUAUUUCAAUUAACAAUAAUUGGGCUGGCCUUGACUGCAAUCUUGUUUGCAUACCAUUUCAAUCUACUGAAGAAUGGAACAGUCGUGUAUGAAAGAAAAAGCAGACUGUAUGACUUUGGAUUUAAAAAGAAUUUGCACACCGUUUUUGGUGAACGGUGGUAUUUGACAUGGAUCUCUCCAACUAUUGAAAGUUAUUUACCUCAUGACGGUAUUCAUUGGGAUAUCAAAAGUACUAAUAAAGGAAAAUAAGACAAAUUUUGAAAAUAUAUUUAAUUAAACUUAUGCAU